AUGGACAUUGGAUCUCUGUUUUUCAAGGAUAAUAUUCCUUCUCAUUCUUCUUGGAUCUGGAAAUCAGUAGUUCACAAUCAUUUCAAUGAGGAUCAGUUUGGAGCCAGGUUUCGAAAUCAGUUCAAAGUUAGAGUGGGGAAUGGUGAGAGAAUCAGGUUCUGGUUUGAUAGUUGGACGCUUGACUUCCCUUUAAAAGAUGUUUUCCCGAGACUGUUUGUCCUCUCUUUAAAUAGGGAUGGGAAACUUAAUGAGUAUGGACAGUUUCGAUCUUCUAUUUGGUUGUGGCAUGUUCAAUUGAGAAGAAAUUUAAGCGACUGGGAGCUGAGUCAGUUUACCGAUCUAUUGGCUAUAAUUCACAACAUAACUCUUUCUUCUGAGUUGUCUGAUGGGUUGGUCUGGAGAGGGAACGGAGAAGGAAUUUAUUCUGUUAAAUCCAGUGUGAAGUCUUGCUGUCUUGUUUCGACGUCAGACCCUUUUUGGAUGAAUAAUAUUUGGAUGGGUUUGGUGCCUCCUAGAGUGGAGGUAUUCUUGUGGAAGGUGGUGCACAACAAACUGCCUGUUAAACAAGAACUUCUAAGGAGAGGAGUCUCCUCUAUCGGUGAUGUUGCUUGCCCCUUAUGCAAAAAGGAGGCCGAAUCUCUUUCACAUUUAUUUUUCACUUGUGUAGUGGUUUGGACUCUUUGGAACAAAUUUUUGAAAUUCUGGGGAGUGUGUUCGGCUUUGCAGGACAAUGCUAAAAGUUUUAUGGUUGCUUGGAAUGAUAUGGUAUUGACGAAUUGGUUUUUAGCAAAAUUCAACGAUGUUUCUAUUAUGAAGGACUCUCUUAUUUCGGAUCCUACUCUUGGGGAUUAUUGUUCCCUUUCAAGGUCCUCGAUAAUCAAAACUGUGUCUUGGUCCCCCCCUCCAAAGGGUUUUAUAAAACUUAAUGUGGAUGCAACAGUGAGUGGUGAUUGGAGGAAAAGUGGUGUGGGUGGCAUUCUUAGAUUGGAGGAUGGCUCGGUGAAGGGUUCUUUCCUAGAGGCGGCUGGUCCAGGUCCUCCGCUGUUGGUGGAGAUUUUGGCAAAUAAGAAGGGUUUAUCUUUCUUUGAAUCUUUUCUUCCGAGGGUUCAGGAUCGUCUUAUUAUUGAAUCUGAUAGCAAACUAGCAGUGGAGUGGGUCAAGAACUAUGAUCGAUGUCCUGUUGUUUAUAGAGUUUUAGUGAGAGAUAUUGGUUUUUUGUUAAGAGAUCUAAAUGGUAUUAUUAGAUGGGUUCCUAGAUCAGCUAAUGUUGAGGCUGACAGCUUAGCUAAGGCCGGUAUCGGUUAG